GCUGUGGGUCCUGGGCCCUCACUCACAAUUGGAGGAAGGGAUUCAGGAAGUACUCACAGCUGCUCAGACAUCUCGGAGCCAAUUUCCAAGCAGGACCAACUCUGUAGCAUCCAGAGAGCCGCGUCACGGCCCUGGGGGGCGACCACCARGAGAGGAGGCCACAGCACAGGUACAGCCAGGGCUGGCCCUCUGGGAGCACAGGGCACCAUCAGAAGGCCCCAGCUGGGCUGGCUCCCUUUAAGUGAUGUCUUCUGCCCCUCCUCCCCACCCGGCUCCAUGUCCAGGGAGUCUUGUGCCCACAUCUCCUGGGAGUGCAUGUCUUCUAGAAGCUGCCAGCGGAGUUGACCACAGACAGCUCUUGAAAGCCAGGCCGGAGGCAUAGAAAAUAGAGAUCAUCGGAGACCCCAGCAGCAUCUGGUGGCACGACCCAGAGCCUCAGACCAGUAUCUUAGAAGACACGUGAGGAGCAGCCAGCUGAGCACAGGGUACCUCUGACCACUGUUUUGGAUGGGGAGCUGGGGCUCGGAGGCCACGCAUGUUGCUCAGYGUGUCAGCUGUCCGUGCAGGCCAUGGAGUCAGCAGUGAUUGGGGUGGUGGCGGUACUGUUUGUGUUCACCGUGGCCAUCACUUGUAUCCUCUGCUGCUUCAGCUAUGACUCAAAGACUCAGGAUCCUCAGGGAGGCCCUGGCCACAGCUUCACAGUGGCCACAUUUCGCCAGGAGGCUUCUCUCUUCUCAGGUCCCCAAGCCCAGUCCAUGCGGAGUACCCAGGACUUCUGGACCGUCAUUUGAGGCCUUACAGUCUCUCAGGAUUUGCUCUGCUGGUGGGUCAGACCUACUUGCCCCCUCAACAAGUCUUCCCUGAUGUUCCUGCAUCCUGUCCUUCCCCUACUGAAUCCCACCAACUUUCCAUCUCCUUCAAUUUUGGGCUGCUACGCCUUGUUGGGAGCCAGUGGGAGUCAACUCAGAGCCCUGAGGGCUCAGCUGAGCCCUACCCUCAGGAUGGGGACCCAGAAGCCAUCUCAGGAGGCAUGAGCAGACACCAUGUGUGGUGGGCCAGCUCUGCUGAUGUACAACGGCUGGGAAAUAUCACAACAAGGUGCCUGUAAAACUAGUGUUAUUGCCACCAGAGGAAGCAACCCCAAGUGGGCGUUUUGAGAAACCACUUCUUUUGUGUUCUGCUGUGGAGUAUUUUUGCAUACUGAGGCCAGUUGCCUGAAAUUAGCUCUGAAAUCAAAGAGCUACUUCCUGGGAACAAGUGAUUUAUUUUAUAAUGAGAAUACAUAUCCUUUUACGGGUCUUUCCAAAUCUGGUUUGGAAAACCACAGAAGAGAAAAUAAGAGUCACAGAAAGUACAAGAUGUUUUAUUAACAGGAAAGCCAGAAAGAUGGCUUUCAAACACAUUCUGAACCAGACUUUACUGCUAUAUUCUAACAGGUCACUUCUAUUCUUAGAGAAUGUGAGUGACUUGCUGUCACUUAGGAAUGUAGGAAAAUCAUGAACUGAAAGAUAAUUCCAAAAAAGUUAAAAUGUUAUGUUACAUUCAGGGCAUGUAACAAAGCUCUUGUUUUCAUCACAAAUGGAUAUUCAGUUUUUGUUAACCGAAAAUCUGUUCUUCUGCCCACAGAAUAAAUGCUGUGCCACAGUUAAAAA